UGAAAUAAUGUCAAUUGUAGGUCACGUGACUUCGAAUCCAAGGUUAUUAUUAUUUUUUUAACCAUUGAAUACGUAUAUAUUAGCUCAACUGUAAGAUUGUUUGUCAUUACAUUGUGGACAACUAAACGGAACAACACCAGUUGAUAGAAAUAAGAAACGUGAAGUUUGUGGUUUUUCAAAAUGUCGAGUUACCUUCAUACAAAAGAGGAUUCGCAAGUUUCGUAUGAGACGAUUCCUGAAAGAUUGCGUAAGAGAGCUGAAAAAUAUCCAGACAGAGUAACAAUUGUUUGCUAUGAUGCAGAAUUCAAAAGGCACCAAAUAACCAUGAAAGAGAUGUACGAUGGAGCUGUGAAGUUCGCAAAGGCUUUGAUGAAACUAGGCAUUGAAAAAGGAGACAAGAUUGCAUUUUGUGUUCCUAACUGUGUAGAAUGGAUGAGUUACGAUAUUGGAAUCAUGAUGACUGGAGCAUAUUCUAUGAGAUUAAUGUUUGGAUUAGCAGAUAUGAAAUCUAUUACAAAAGGAUGUAGUGCUGUUGUAUUUGGAUCCAAAUCUAUUUGGGACAGUUUCUUAUCCAUUGCACAAAUAAGCGAUAAUGGAAAAGUAUCUUGCGAAGUGUGUCCAGAUUUGAAGUUUGCCAUUGAUGUGUCCAAUACACACAGACCAGCCAAUGCUUUAUCUGCUGCUAAAUUGAUGGCAGAAAUAAGUGACGAUGACGAGGUUGAGUUUCCUUACAUUGACCCAGAAGAUAUUGCAUCCAUUAAUCAGACUUCAGGAAGCACUGGUGUGCCCAAAGGUAUCUGUCACAGCCAUUUUGGAUAUGUAAACUUACCUGAUUCAGAUUUUAAUGAGAGUUCUCGUCUUAUCAUGUUUAGUGGUCGGCCAAUGGGAUAUAUUGGAGGAUAUCCUUCGAAUGUGGUAACCAGAGGAUCAUUGCAUGUUAGUGGAGACGUAGAAAUGUUGAAUGAUCCGAAGAACCUCGAUUUUGUUAUAAAGAUAUGGCAGAGUGAAGAAUGUAACAUGGUUGGAGUUGCACCCCAAGAUGUGAAGCGACUUAGCGACCGCGAUUUCCGUCUCAAUAUGCUAAUAUCAGGUGGAGACAUGAUUACCCGAGAAACAAUAGAACAUGCCUUGAAGGUUGCAGAUUCCUUCUUAGUUGGCUAUGGAAGUACUGAAUCUAUUUUCGUAUCUUACAAAGUGUUUACUCUAGAAAACAUUUCAGAACAUCGACAAGGAAUGCUCGGGCGACCAGCUGCAGGAACAGAAAUCAAAAUUGUUGACGAGGAGAAGAGAGUUGUGGAUACUGGAAAGACAGGCUAUUUGUAUUUUCGAAGCAAAUAUAUAGCAAAAACAUAUCUGGAUGGUACUUCAUGUUUAGAAAAUGGUUGGUAUCCAACAUCAGAUAUUUGUUACUUAACUGAAGAUGGUCAUCUCAUAAUGGUUGGAAGAAGCACAGAUCUUAUUAAGAAGUGUACAGUAAAGCUAUCUAUUAAACUUAUUGAAGAUUACAUCGGACGUCAUCCGAGUGUAGAUGCUGUGGUUGUUGUACCAAUCCCUGACCAGGCCGUUGGAGAACGUGUAUGCGCGUGCGUUACCCUUCUGCCAAAUCACGAGUUCAAAGAAGAAGAAUUGAAAAAGUUUUGCACGGAAACAAUGCCGGAUCCAGAUAACUUUGAUUGUGUUUCGAUGCACCCUGAUUAUAUUUUAUAUUUUCCUUCAUUUCCACUUUUGGCCAGUGGCAAGUUUGACAGAAAGACUAUAGCAAGUUUGGCCCUUAAGAAAAUAAAAAACAUGUAGUAAUAAUUAAAUUAAUUUACCAAGAUUAACAAACGUGUAUUAUAGUUUUCCAUGUUUAACAUGGCACAAAUAAACGAUAAUGGAAAAGUAUGUUGCGAAGCGUGUCCUGAUUUGAAGUUUGCCAUUGAUGUGUCCAAUACACACAGACCAGCUAAUGCUUUAUCUGCUGCUAAAUUGAUGGCAGAAAUAAGUGACGAUGACGCAGUUGAGUUUCCUAACAUUGACCCAGAAGAUAUUGCAUCCAUCAAUCAGAAGAUGUUAACGUGCUACGCUUUCCUUCUGAAUAAAGGCGACAUGCUUCGUUAAAUAUAGAUUUAUAUGUGUGUAUGCUUACAUACAUAUAUACAUUCAUACAUACAUAGAUAUAUAGACAUACAUAUACACAUACAUAUAUACAUACAUACCGAGAUACUCACAUACAUACCUAGGUACACACAUACAUACAUACAUACAUACAUACAUACAUACAUACAUACAUACAUACAUACGUACAUACAUACAUACAUACAUACAUAUAUAUAUAUAUAUGAACAUAGGCCCGUAAUGUCAAAGACUUAUCCAAUCUUUCCAUGCAUUAAAGUAAUACACCUGUUUGUUGUUCCGUCA